AUGUGAUGACGUAGCGCGCGGCCAUGUGCAAAAUUUUACCGAAAAGAGAAGAAUGGCAGAGAUGGAAGUCCAAACUCCUACCCCUUCAAGCACAAGUGGAGCUAGAGAUGUUAAGAUAGAGGAGAUGACAUCUAAGGACUACUACUUUGACAGCUAUGCUCACUUUGGUAUACAUGAGGAAAUGUUAAAAGAUGAGGUUCGCACACUGACAUACAGGAAUUCCAUCUACCACAACAAGCACCUGUUUAAAGGCAAGGUUGUGCUAGAUGUGGGCUGUGGUACAGGCAUUCUCUGCAUGUUUGCUGCUAAAGCUGGGGCAAAGAAAGUCAUUGGGAUCGAAUGUUCAAGCAUUGUGGAUCAUGCAAGAAGAAUUGUUGAAGCAAAUCAUUUUGAUGAUGUGAUUACCUUAGUCAAGGGUAAAGUUGAAGAGGUUCAGCUGCCAGAAGGGAUUGAAAAAGUGGACAUAAUCAUCAGUGAGUGGAUGGGGUACUGUCUCUUCUAUGAAUCCAUGUUGAAUACAGUCCUGUUUGCCAGAGACAAAUGGCUGGCUCCAGGAGGUCUCAUAUUCCCAGACAGGGCUACAUUGUACAUAUGUGCCAUUGAAGACAGACAGUACAAGGAUGAGAAAAUCAACUGGUGGGACAGUGUGUAUGGCUUUGAUAUGAGCUGUAUUCGCAAAGUUGCCAUUACUGAACCUUUAGUGGAUGUUGUGGAUCCCAAACAAGUGGUCACCAAUUCUUGCUUAGUUAAGGAAGUAGACAUAUACACUGUCCAGCCUGAAGAUCUGACGUUCCAAGCUCCCUUCCAUCUCCAAUGCAAGAGAAAUGACUACAUCCAAGCUUUUGUCACUUUCUUCAACAUCGAGUUCACAAAGUGUCACAAGAGAACAGGGUUUUCCACAGCCCCUGAGGCCCGUUACACUCACUGGAAGCAGACUGUGUUCUAUUUUGAUGAUUACAUGACUGUGAAGAAGGGAGAGGAGAUUAUGGGCACUUUCUGUGUCACACCCAACAAAGACAAUCAUCGUGAUCUGGACUUCACAAUUGAUGUUGAUUUUAAAGGGGAACUUUCAGAGAUGUCAGAUACCAUACACUACAAAAUGAGGUGAAGAAGUGCAGCAGACGACACCAGCUGCUUUGAUAUUAGCGCAUAAAUUUCAUAACAGCAUAAACUGUUUGGUUGCAAUGCAUUUUUAAAGAAAUGUAGUAACAAAACUCAACAUCAUUUACCACUAUUAGGUGAUCAAACAGCAUGAAUAUGAUGAAUAGAUAUUUGACAUGGAAGCUUGGUACUUCACUCUAUAUUUUCUGUAUAAUCUAUAUCAGAAUGGGAAUUUUGUGUAAACUUAUUGUUAUGUGGGGACCUAAUGUUGGUCACAAAACAUGGGUUGUUACAACAUUUAUAUGAUCAAUGGCAUGAACUUGGUUUAUAGAAAUAUCUUUUGGAAGCUUAGUUCUUCACUUAACAGCAUCUUCAGAUCAAAAUUAAAUUUUUUCAUGGAUUUACUCCAAUGUGAGAACCUACCAGUUGUUCAUCUUUUUAUAUUGUGUUCAUCAGAUACUGCAAAAGGUGAACAACUUGAGACCUGAUGACUGUAAUCAUGUUUACAAUGAGUCAGUCUGCCACAGAUGUUUUUUCCUGCUUAAGGAUAUUAAUUUGAGGUAUUGAUCAGAAUUUUUUUCACAUAUGGGAUUUCAGGAAAAAAAUAAGCAUGACAAAGAGAAUUGGAAUCUUAAUGUUCUUCUAAGCAUUUUAUUCAAUUUUAAAUGAGUUAAAACAAGGAGAAAUAAUUGGAAAAUCAUUAAUUUUUCUAAACAUCUGGGAGACAAGCAGCUGAAUUCAAGUCAAGAACCUCUUGAAGUCUAGAACCUAACUUGUGCUCUUCAAGGUGUCCAAAGCCCAUUUUUGAUUGUGAUUUUUUUGUCUGCCAGUGCCUUUUGCUGAUAGUCUGUCAUUCCAAAGAUGAAUAGUUGGCAACACUGAAUUAGUAACCAACUCAUUUUAGAAUUUUAAACAAUGCAAAAUGUUGAAACAUCAAUUUAAAGGGACUUUGAACACAUGUUACAUUCUGUGCUUAGGAUCAAGAUAAACCAUAAAGCAUUCAACUGAAGCAAACAGAUAUAGAACUAUGACCUCCCCCCUCUAAUUACAAAGACUAAACAGCUUCAGCAUUGAAAUUUUAAUGUAUGUUCCAGUAAGAUCAUUCUUGCUUACAGCUGAAAAAUUUUUUUGUAAGGAAAACAAGUUGCAGAGAUAAGUGUUUUAUGCUUAUAACUUGAUGGGGGUUGAAAAGAGAAUGAAUAUGUAUAUUCCACAAGGGUCAACAUGUACAGAAUGUUUGUAUAUGAUAUUAUUCAAAUAAAAAAAUGCACUUUCAAA